CUCUAGCACCUCGACAUGAGCGCCCCUCGGCCUCUGCGGGAGGAGCGACACUCGGUGAAAAUACCGGCGGGUGUCAACAGACGGCCCGCAGGAAACCCGACGACCUCCUCCCCCAGCGCUGGCCUCGGCAUGGGGGCUCCGGGCUCCGUUCAGAGGCUGCCUCACCACGAGCAGGUGGAAUUCUGCCUCACGAGAGCUAAAUAUCGACAGGGGAGGAAGCUCACGGCGGUUAAGGUGUACACCGUGAACGACGAGUCCAGGUUCCUCAUUUUGACGGGGAUUCCGGCCAUUAGGAUCCGCACCGAAGUGGAGAGCCUGUGCCUGAAGUACGGCCACGUCGAGUUCAUCCAGCCUCUGCCGGACUACCCCUGCGAGGCCUACACGGAGGCGGCCUUGGUCAAGUACGCCAGGGUCAAGAGUGCCUGCUUUGCUAAGGCUCAGUUAGACGGAAAGUCGUUCUACGGAGGCGUUUUGCAUGUGUUCUAUGCCCCAGAGUUGGAGUCUGUAGGCGACACGAGAGAGAAGCUGCAGGAGAGGCGGAAGAGCGUAGCUGCCCUGACAAGGUACGGCCAGGACCCCUCCGUCGUCAACCCUUCCAAGAAGCGUGGCGCGUUUCAGCAUGGGAAUUCGGCCAGAUAUUUGUCACGGUUAAAGCCCCAGCCAGGUGAGGAGCCUGGGCGGAGCCACGGUAUCACUGAAUCUUCAAGACCAGGAGGAGGCAUUAAUGAAGGAAACCCACUGACAAGAUCUUGUAAUGAUGCUAAAGACCAAGAAGUAUUUGAGGACAUUUGCCAUAGUGAAGAUUCAAUAGGUGUAAGUAGUAGACAGUUAAUGCAGACAAAUUACCCAGGCUCCAGUUCAAGUGCUACCCCAGCAGAACAAAGUGCAUCUCAUGGUUCCAGUGAAAAGAGAACAGCCAGUGAUACUCCCUUUAUAGAAAGCAAUAAGAAGAAAAUUAAAUUAUUUGGUGAUAAUAAAGUCCUGUUGUAUAAAUAAAAGAGAUGCUACUUUCAUUGCUACAGUAUUAGGCUUGUUCAUGAUUGUCUGUGAUUACAAGAUUAGUCAUUAACUUCAGUGUUUGGAUUCUUUAUAUAUAUAUAUAUCUAAUUGUAAGAAAUUUUUCAUAAUUAUUUUCUGUAAAGGUUGGUCAUAUGAGACUUUGCAAGAAAACAACAUUCAAAAUUCUUCAUGUAUUUUGUAAAUAUAAAUACAAUACCAUAACUUAUCUCCAUUGCCUGACAAUAACAUUCUCGUUUUUACUGUCCUUAUCAAAGAACACCUCACACGUAAUCACAUUAUUUUAGGAGUCAUUUGCCUACUGUACUAUAUAUAUAUAUUUUUUUUUCAUAUGCCCUGCAAUCUGCACAAGGUUCUUACAUCCUAUAAUGAAUGCAGCUUCCGGUCUGAACCCAACAUUUCCAAAUAUUCAACCUAUAUAGUUAAUGCCUUGCUGGCUUAUACAAAAACAACCUUGCAGUGGAAAUCUUAUUUAUAAUUUUGCGUAACUUUUAUCUUAAUAGGCCUACUGUAAAAAAAAAAAAAAAAAAUGAAUAAGACAGUGAUACAUUAAAUACAACUUCACUAAAAUGUGCAACGCAAUACUUACAUUCUCCAUGGCCUCACCCGUUUCUCACAGAAAGUAAUGAAUAAUAAUAUAUACGGAAAUAGCCUAAAGGAUUAAAUAAUAGACAGAAGAGUAGUGGGGGAGGGAAAACAAAUCAAUACACAAAUAUGCAUAUAUAACAUUGAUUAUCAUCUCUUUCACAAACAAUCCAAUUAUUUACAUGCAAAGAUGAGAUACAUUUUUAAGAAAAAAAAAAAAAAAAAAAAAAAAAUUUGUGAACCUUAUAUCAUCAAAAUUGACCCUCUUGUCUAAAUACUGAAAAGAAAGUACAAGGAAAUUUACUUUGCUUGGUUUUCCAAAAUGAUCAUUGCAAAACUAAACUUCACUGAUGUACAAGAAGUUACUGGUACACUAAUUAAAUUUAUUAAGAUUAUUUUAAGGUAUCCAC